AAUCCCAAAUCCAAGUUAUCCAACUCCGCUUCUUUCCGCUUCAGCAAAACCCCUGAAGGCCAAAUCCCAAUUCCCAACGUAGCAACCCUCGUCGAUCGUCAGUCGCUGCCUCGCUAGUGGGCCGUCGAACGGAUCUUGGCACGUCGGAGACUCGGAGUGUUGGAUCCGGACGGCGCACGGCGGUUUAGACUGUUUAGUUUCUGCUGUAAUUGCUCUUCGGUGGUAAACUGAGAGCUGCUCUUCAAUGGUAAGCAGAGGCCUGACUCCUGAGAACUGCUGCCUAAGUCACUGCUAAAGUGCUAAGUGCCUAACUGAUUGUAAUUGAUGCGGACAAAUAAAGGCGCACUAUCAACAAAGCUUUUGAACAUAAGUGUAGCAUACUUUUGUAAAUCCAAACAACUAGAGAAAGCAGAAGAACUACUAGUUGACGGUAUAAGACUAGGAGUACAGUUGGACGUGGUAACCUAUAACACUCUAAUCCCAGCAUAUUGUCAAUUUUUCGGAAUUAAUGAAGGGUAUUCAGUUCUUGAAAGAAUGCGAGAAUCCGGGAUUAGACCAGACGUCGUAACAUAUAAUUCUUUGAUAUCCGGGGCUGCUAGACAUUCCUUAUUAUCCAGAUGCAUCGGUCUGUUUGAUGAAAUGUUGGGAUCUGACGUUUUUCCUGACAUUUGGAGUUACAACAUGUUGAUGCAUUGUUAUUUCAAAUCUGGAAAACCAGAUGAGGGAUAUAGAAUAUUCCGAGACAUUCUUUUGAAGGGCUUCCCACCGGGUAAAGCAACAUUUAAUAUCCUAAUGAAUGGUCUUUGCACGAAUGGAUAUGCAAAGAAUGCCAUGAAGCUAUUUAGGAACUUAAAACAUAAUGGAUUUAUACCUCAGUUGGUAACAUACAACAUCCUUAUUCACGGGCUUUGCAAAUCUGGUUGGCCCGCAUCUGCCAGAAGGCUUUUGAAAGAGCUGGUGGAAAUGGGACAUACUCCUAAUGCUGUUACAUAUACCACAGUAAUGAAGUGUUGUUUCAGUUCACGACGUUUUGAAGAAGGGCUUUGCGUCCUUGAGGAUAUGAGAAGCAAAGGGUUUGUAUUUGAUUCACACAGUUACUGUACAGUGAUUAGCUGUUUGCUUAAGGCGGAUAGGACAAGGGAAGCUCUUGAAUGUUUGGACAAUAUGAUUUGUAAUGGGAUUAAGCUUGAUAUGGCGGCUUAUAACAAUCUCAUUAAUCUUUAUUGUAAGAACGGGAAUAUAGAAGAUGCAUUCUCUUUGGUUGAAGACGCAAAAGGAAGAGGGUUGGAGUGUGACAUAUACACACAUACUAUUUUGAUUGACGGCAUGUGUAAGGCGGGAGAUAUAGAAGGCGCACUCCAACACUUGGACUAUAUGGCUAAGAAAAGAUUUGUGCCAAAUUUGGUUGUUUUUAAUUGUUUUAUUAAUGGGUUGUGUAAAGUCGGUCACAUUGGCCAUGCAUUGGAUAUAUUUGAAUCUAUGGUUGAGAAGGAUGGUUUUACAUAUUCAUCAAUGGUGAACGGUCUUUGUAAGGUAGGGAGGUUUUGUGAAGCUUCUAAGGUGUUGCUUUCUUGCGUUAGAAGUGGUGAGAAAAUUCUAAAGUCAGACAAAGAAGCAGUUAUUAAUGGUCUGCGUCGUUCUGGCUUAAAUCGUGAAGCAAAAAAUAUGCAAUCAAAAAUCCGGGUGGCAAAGAUACUGAAUUACGAAUGAGUUGACAUACAUUUGAGAUUUUUGCUCUUUCAAAAACCAUGGACAACUUUUGCAGAUAAGCCAUUAUCACAAAACUUGCAAAAUAUGUUGGAGAAAUGGUAAUAUGUGAGUAUGUCUGAGGUAGGAAUCGAUUCUUCUAGCAAUAGAGAUGAGUUUUGUUUUCUACUCUCUCUGUCCCAGAAAAAGGAGACCUAUUUGAUCAAGGGGCAACUUAUAAAUUUCUACUAGGUACAACUGAUGUUGGUUUAACUAGAUCAUGAUAGCUUUUUAACUUGGCACAUCAUGAUAUCAUACUCCAUUCAUACUUUUAAAAUAUACUCCCUCUGUCCCCCAAUUAAGUUCCCGGUUUGACUUCACACACAUUAAGAAAAUAAAUUUGACUUUACUGUGGAGUGCACUGCUUUGCACUGUUCAAACACUGUUUGGCACUGUUUUGAUGUAGAUAAUUUGCCAAAUAAGGAAAGUAUUGAAGUGUGAACUUAAUUUAGGGACUGCCCAAAAAAGAAAGUGGGAACUUAAUUGGGGGACGGAGGGAGUAGUAGUUUUUCUGACAACUAUAUGUAUCAUUUAACUUGUAGCUUUUGUGGUAUAGUAUUGAAAAAUCACAUUGAAAAAUGAAUUUAUCAUUGAUUAAUUAGGACUUCUGUUUUGACAAAAAGGGCUUAUGAAGCAAUGUUUUUUGGGAGAGGGAUUACUUAAUAGCUGUUCAGAAAGCGGGUUAAGAAUUGUCAAAUCAGUCCGUUCACCCAUGUUUUGUGGGCAUGAGAAGAAAUUGAAUCGUAGGGGACUACAUUAGAAGGUAAUCUGAUCAAAUGCUGAAUUCUUGCAAUUGUUCACGUGAAAUUUUUGUUAUGUAUGUGCAUGCUGCUACACUGCAAAGAAAAAUGCUUAUCUAUUUAGCUUUGAUCCUUGAUCAUUAUAUAUAUGUGCAUUGGCGUAGUUUGGGUGGGCAAACUCGGGUCCCAGUCAAGUUCCUUAUAUAUUUUUUGUGCAAUAUUUUCAUUUAAAAAAUUAUAUGGAUGAAUUAUUUUUCAUCCUGCCCUUAAUUUAAACAUUCAGAGACCGUAGCUAUGCCAUUGUUUUUGUGUAUCAUAAUCAUGACCAUGUUAACAGUGUCUCGAGUAGUACAAACCGGAGUAAGCUUCCCGUCGGGAAUUUCCUGACCGGAACGUCGUCCGGCCACGUCCAUUUGAGGUGCUUACGGGUGGAUUUUUUUGAUAAAAUUUUGUGAACAUGUUCUUCAUGAAGUGUAGAUUAUGUCCACCACAUUUCAUAAAAUAAUAUAUUUCAUAGAUUAUCUACACUUCUUGAAGAAGAUGUCCACGAAAUUUCAUAAAAUAGUAUAUUAUUUUUGGACAUAAUAUAUAUUACUUCCUUUGUCGCAAUUUUUUUUUUUGCAAAAUUUCCUAUUUUUUGGUUGUCCCAAAAUUGUUUUCCACUUUCUAUUUUAGGUAUGUAAAUAAGAGUAAAGUGACAAAUUUACCCUUACUUUUACUUUUUUCCUUCAACUUAAAGUCAUCUACUUUUAGGAUGAAGGACAAAACUGUAAAAAGCAAACAUCAAUUAUUGUCAUUCCUUAAUCCUUGUGCCGGUCAAAGUUUGUAAUUCAAUUCGGGACGGAGGGAGUAUAUUAUAUAUGUAUUUAUUAGUAAUUGUAUCUCAUCUUUUAUUUGCGGACGACAGUUUCCUAUUUUUUAAGGCUAAUAUUUGGGAGUGCGAAACUAUUAAAGCUAUUUUGCAGCAUUACGGGUAAUUUUAUCAAGUCCAAAAUCUCCUUUAGUCCAAAUAUAGAACUGCCCUGAGGACUGCUGUGCAACUCGCUAGGUGUGUCACUUGAAGGGAGUCAAUCCCGUUAUCCUUGUUUGCCAGCUAUGGUAGGUGGGGGGGGGGGGGCAGAAAGCUAUUUUACGUUAUCUUCCUGAGAGUAUAAUUAAUAGAAUCAAAAGUUGGAACAAUAGAUUCUUGUCCACAGCAGGAAGAGCAGUUCUUUUAAAAAAUGUAGUGCAAGCUUUGCCAUGCCAUGCAAUGAAUGUAUUUUUAUUGCCAAAAGGUUUAUGUUAAGAAAUUGAAACUUUAAUGAAUGGAUUUUGGUGGAAAUGUUCAAAAAUGAAAAAAAAAAGGAAUUAGAUGGAAAGCGUGGAGUGGGCUGUGUUGACCUAAAGAGGAUGGCAGAUUUGGUUUCCGUAAAGUGCGGGAAUUUUAUAUUGCCAUGCUUGCUAAACAAACUUGGAGACUAACUAUGGACAGAGGCAACCUUUUUAGUCGGGUAUAUAAAGCCCGCUAUUAUCCAGAAACCUCAUUUUCGAAGGCAAGGAUUGGAACAAAUCCUUCGUUCAUAUGGCGCAGCAUAUUGGAAGCCCAGUCCGUGGUGGCUGCAAAUACUAGAAGAAGAGCCGGGAAUGAGAAGGAUGUUCAGGUUUGGGCCGAUGCAUGGCUGCCAGGCUCGGGUUCGGGCAGAAUAGUUUCAGCCAGACCAAUGGGAAUCAAGGAUAUGAACGUGGCCACAUUAAGAUCGGAGGAUGGCAAGAGAUGGAAUCAUGAGCAAAUCAAAUCCAUGUUUAUACCGGAGGACUGUAACCGGAUCUUACAGAUUCCUAUUAGCAUUCGUUCUCGGGAGGAUGCUUGGUGGUGGACUGGAGAGAAGAACGGGUUUUUUCAGUGAAGAGCUGCUACAGAUCUAUAGCAGGGAGGGGAAGUGUGAACAAUUGGCUUGGUUGGACCAGUAUGUGGAGGUAAAAGAUUUCCACCAAAGAUUAAAUAUCAUUUCUGGCAAAUAAUGGUGGGAGUUCUUCCAGUAGCAAUGAACCUAUGCAGGAGGGGAGUAGACUUGUCAACGGUUUGCAGGUUGUGCAAGGCAGAAGAGGAGACGGCCUUUCAUGCUCUCCAUUCCUGUCAGGUAGUGCAGACGGUAUGUGGAGCUGCUGGGGCAGAUUUUUGGUUUCCAGCAGGUUUAGAAGAAUAGGUGCAACGGUGUUUGGAAGGUAAAGAUAACGAGAGAUGGUGUAGGUUUAUCAUGCUGUUAUGGAGUUUGUGGAGAAGAAGGAAUGAGCUGGUUUGGAGUGAGGUGUUGCUAACGGGUUUGUUGAUCAUUAAAAGUGCAGACACUAUGCUUCAAAGUUGGAGGGAAGCACAAGCUCCCAAGAACCUGGUAACGCAGCAGCGAUCAUUGCAGAAGGCGAAAUGGCAGCUUCCUUGUAGUGGUUGGUGAAAGUAAGCGUGGAUGCGGCAGUCAACGUGGAAGGCGGGACAAGAGCAUGGGGUUGUGUCGCUAGGGAUUCUCAAGGGCAGCUUCUAGGUACUAGCAGCAGCUCCCAAGUUAGCGGAUUGGACACCAGAAGAGUCCGUGGAUGUUGGUAUUAGAGAGGUGAUUAAGUGGGCUGUUCAAGCAGGUUGGGGUCCAGUGGAUAUAGAUGAUAUUAGACAUUUGUUAGAAGUAAAUCCGAAUUUUUCACUUUCGUUUUGUAAUAUUUCUGCUAAUUGUGUUGCUCAUGCUCUUCCAAGGGAAAGCGUUUUACAGCCAGAUCUUAGGCGAUCUUAGGCGUAGUGCCUGAGCAAGUUGUAAUUCAGAUUGUUAACGAUUUGCUUAUUUAAUGAGAAGGCGGUUUUACAUAAAAAAAAGUAAAAAACUAUAUGAAACUUAGUCUUAUGAUCUGAUCCAUUAAGAAUUAAAGUUAAUGUUAUUCUAUAAGAGCGCAUGUUAUUUUGCAUGUGAUUGAUAUAAUGAUAUUUGGGAUAAGUGAUGAACUAAUGAGAGUACAGUAACAACUUUUUCUUUGUGAACUUGACAUAGUUGACAAUCUUGGUGCUUUAAUUUGUCAAUGGUUUGUUACAUAUACAUUCUUACUGAUUGUUUUUUUAAAAUAGAUGUCUGCAAAUUGGACUAUUCGCAAUGAAGUGUCUGUUCCACAGCUCCUUGAGGCCUAGUUAUCAUGAUGAAUUGCUUACUAUUGAACUCAUGGAAAGGGUAAUUUUGCUUUUAUAUAACUCCAAAUGACGUUUGAUAUCCUUUCAAGUCUUGUGAAAUAAUACACGUUUAGUAGUACCUUUGCCAUUAUUAUCAACAAAAUGGGGAGUACAAAAUAUCCAGGGGUCCUCAUAUGCAGCUGCCAAUAUUACUUUCUGACCAAGGAGGACAAAGAGGAAGUUACCAUUUGGGCAUGUAGCUGAGCCACUAAAUUGGGGCACCCUCGUCAAAAGAAGUGAAAAAACCAGUUUGGAAAGCCUUAUUUCAGUUAUUUGUUAAAGCGACUGCAAAAAGCAACACAGGCACAUUCAAGAGAAACAAAGAAAGAAUUGGCUUUUUUUUACUUGGUGUUUUUGUAAUGUUGUGAGGAGUAUUUUUUGCCUCCCCGAAUUUCAUUGUAGGCCAGUUGGUCGAUUUGAUUGAUUAAUUUACAAUGGGGAUUUAUCAGAUCAUCAAAGAUCGAUAACAUUCAAUAUGCAUUAGGAAUUUUAUCAUGUAACAAAUUUAAAUAAGUACAUAAUAUUUCAAAUUUUAAUUGCUUGCACACUUUUAUUGAAGUUG